GCUCAGACUCGAUUGUUUCGCAAAAGAAAAAGUUUGCCCUUCCUACACUUCUGGCUUGGUCCGCUCGAAGCACCGGUGGAACCAGAGUGUCUCUUCUUCUCUCUCUCAGGUUUGUGUCGUAAUUUGUCUCGCGCGACGUAGAUCAUCAAGUCUCCCGGCUGUCCCUGCUGUUCUGUCUUGUUUUUCUUCUUAUUUUCUAUUUUCGCGUAUUUUUCGUCCUGUCCUUGCUGUCCUUUAGACUGUCUGCCUUCUCUCGGGUGUCUCCGCCUCCGACGCGGUGUGUGCGUGAGGCUGCUUUCUUCCUCCUCUUUCUUCCCCCUUGCCUUCCUGGUUUCCUUUCUUCCUUGUUUCCUUUCUUCCUUGUUUCCUUUCUUCCUUGUUUCCUUUCUUCCUUGUUUCCUUUCUUCCUUUUUUUCUUGACUUUUUUCUGCGUUGCCUUCAUGGCGCAUCUCCACUUCGGUGCUGCGGUGCCGGUUGUGUUUCGCCUUUUUCCCUCUGUUUGCGGGCACUCUCUCAGCCAACCGCGAACUUCUCUGCUUCUCCCUGACCAUCUCCCAGGCACCUUGAAGCUCAUUCUGCUCUCCUUCAACCGGCGAACCUUCGAAGAACUGAAAUCGUGGAGCUCGACUCUGCACUCGCUGCAGACACAGUUCGCAGAGAAACACCCCCAGUCUCCAGAGGCUCUGCAAACCUAUCAGGUCGUCCUACGAAGUCGCGCGGCGCGCCCCUUCGGGUGGUUCUUGGAAGAGCGGUGGAGACUCCUGCUUUUUCCAGAUUUGCCUGCUGGCUCACCGUCGCUUUCCUCUCCACUGUCGACUGGACCUGCUUCCGGCUGCUGCCCUCAACGGCUCUCUCACCGGCUCCCCUCGCGCGCCGCGCCUUCGCUGCCCCCUUCGUCUCCUCCUCGGUCUGGCCCUCGCACUCGUCCUCCGACUCCCUUGGAGACAGACGAACAACGCCUCCCCCUCGCGGAGACGAAAGAGACUGGAGAGACUGGAGAGGCAGAGCGAGAGGCAGAGUAUCGCCGACUGUUAUCAUCGACGUUUUUCGCGUAUGUGGACCGAAGAGCCUUCCUCGCGAAGGCUUGUCUCCCCGACUGUCAGCGUCCGUAUCUCUUUCUCGUGGAUGAGAAAAACAGAAUUCAGUGGUGUGAGCAUGAGCGCUUCUCCGAAGAGAAGGCGUUCGCGGCGGAAGAGAUUCGCCAACUCCUGGGACUCGGUGAGACAGUCGACGCGCGUGCGAUUGAGGCGGCGAAAAGAGAUUCAGAGACUGCACUUGAAGCGCGAAGCGUUCCCCUGCUCACUUCGAGAGAAGAUGCGAAAAGCUGAGGAAUCGCGGUUUCCACAGCGGUUCUCGGACUCGACGGAUUCGCCUCUCUUCUCUUCUCUGCUUGUUUCCUGCUCUCCUUCUUCCUUCGUCGCUCUCUCCUUUCCUCGUUUUUCUGGGCGUACACCAGUCUCAUCGCUACGUCGUCUUCCGCUCUUCUUCUGUCUCCGUUCUUCUUGUCUCUGCGAAGCGAGCGAAAUGUGUGUGCAAAAACGGCGAGGAGAGCGAAGAACAAGACACGCGCCCUCCCGCGGACGGGAGCCGGGAGAAAAGAGAAAGGACCUCUCUGGAGUGAAUGCGUUGCGAAGCGUUUCCGGCGAACGUCGAAACUCUGUGCAUGUCGCGCUCUGUGGGAAGUCGCAAAUUUCCUUAAACAGGGUCGGUGGGUAGCACGGUUCCUGUCGCGUUCACUGUCCUCGUUCUAACUUCCCCUCAAAUGCUGUCGUUGGACGGUGGAUACAGUCAAUUCUGCGUAGUCGAAAACGUUCACGGCUCGGACGUAGCCAGACACAAGGGAAUUCAAGGUUUAACGAUACUAGGUCACGUAACAACGGUCAUGAUUCAGAGCGAAAACGGAUGGUUCACAGGAUCCGACAUUCAAAUUACUCUACG